UCAUUUCAGGAUAAUGGAAAUAUAUCGAUUGCAAAAAUAACUCGUGAAAAAAUGUUGAAACGUCAACAAGAAAUAAUGAAAGAAGCUGAAGAAAGGAGAAUAGUUCGAGAGCGUGAUCAAUUGUUAUUGGAGCAAAGAAUUCAUGAAGAACAAAAUAAUCAAAAUACAACUUUAAAUGUUGUGGACUCUAAAAUUUUAGAAAAUGUUAAAGCAGACGAUCUUUUGCAAACUAAAAUAGAAACCAUUAAUACUAAUACUGAUAUUCCUAAGCAAAGUACGGAUAUCCCAAACCUUAUUCCUGAACCUGAUACAACAACAGUUAAAGAAAUAAAGGCUUCCCCUGUUGCUCAGAAUAAUAAAAGAAGAGAUUCUGCUACAAAUAAAGGUUCUGCAAAACCUCUUUCGCGGUCUUCAUCUUUAAAGACUCCCAGUACAAUGCGGAAAUUUUCACAAAAUCAAAGUUCAACAAAAAAUUCUCAAACUUCAAAGUAUAAUUUAGCUGCCAGUUCAUUAGCUCUAUUUGAUGAGUCAUCAAAUGAAGUUGCAUCAUAUCCAAAUCCUAAUGAAGCUUUGAAAAAAGCACUGAAAUCGCUUUCUACUGAUACAUGGAUGGGGAAAAUUGAAGGUAUUCGUACAGUUCAAAGAUUAGCAAAGAACCACCCAGAUAUUCUUUUAAGCCAGUUACAUCCAGUAGUUCUUGCCUUACUAACUGAAGUAAAGAACUUGCGAUCAUCAGUAGCCAGAGCAGCUAUUCUUGCCACUGGAGAUCUCUUCAUUUUCCUUAAGAAAAAUAUGGAGCCAGAUCUGGAUCUUAUAGCAAGUACACUUCUCAGUAAAUGUGGUGAGACUGUUGGAUUCAUCCGUGAAGAUAUUGAAAAAGUUAUGAAUCAUCUAAUAGAUGUUAUAACCCCUUCCAAAGCAGCUCUUGCCAUCAUUGCUGGAGGUGCUAGCCACAGAAAUGGUGCUGUACGCAAAGUUGCUGCUCAGUCAUUGUUGGCAGUAGUUGAAAAAAUGGGUGCUGCUCGAAUUCUUACUUCAGCCAAAGAUGUCACAGAGCGUUUGAUACCAAUAACAGCUCAGUUUUUAAUGGAUGGAAUGCCUCUUACCAGGUAUUAUGGUAGACGAAUUUAUCAUUUAUUAAUGCAACACCCUGCGUUUGACAAAUUAUUGCUGAGACAUGUCCAACCCAGUACACUGCGCAACAUAAACAGUAUUCUAGAUUCAGUCAGAAAAAAGCUUUCAUGA